AUGUAUAUAAGGAUGAAUUUGAUAGCCAAGCUAGAUAACCCUUAUAUUAUUGAGUACAAGGAUGCAUGGGUAGAGAAGGACUCCUUUGUCUGCAUUGUUACAAGCUAUUGUGAAUGUGGAGACAUGGCUAAUAUGAUUAGAAAAGCCAGAGGAACAUUUUUCCCUGAAGACGUAAGAAAAAUAAGAAUAAAUUUCCAACAAAACACAAAACGGAUUUUGAUUCAGUUGUUACUGGCCCUCGAUUACCUUCACUCGAAUCGUGUUCUUCACAGAGAUCUUAAAUGCUCUAACAUUUUCCUUACCAAAGUUGACGAAGUCAGACUUGGUGACUUUGGAUUAGCCAAACUGUUGAAUAAAGAUGAUCUCGCCUCUUCGAUUGUGGGUACUCCAACAUAUAUGUGUCCUGAGCUUCUAGCAGAUAUACCUUAUGGAUAUAAAUCAGACAUAUGGUCUCUAGGUUGUUGUAUGUUUGAAAUUUCUGCUCAUCAAGCUGCAUUUUGUGCUACGGAUAUGGCUGGGCUAAUCAACAAAAUAAACAGAUCUACUAUAUCUCCACUUCCAACCAUAUAUUCUUCUACAUGGAAACGACUGAUUAAAAACAUGCUAAGAAAAAGCCCAGAACAUAGACCUACGGCUGCAGAGUUGUUAAGGCAUCCACAUUUACAACCAUAUCUUGCUAAAUAUCAGAACUUGUCACCAGCAUUUGUUCAAACAAAGAAAAAUGGAAAUUUGGACAUAUCCGUCAAGAAAAGUGAAAGCACAAAUUCCAUAAGCUCUACAAGAAGUACCUUAACUGAUAAUACAAUUGAAGGUACAAUUCAGAAGAUUGAAAGGCCAAGUAAGGACAAGAAAGGUACAAAAUGCUUUUUUAAGAAAUCAGGAAUACCAAAACCAUAUGUUGAAGUUACUUCAAAUGCCAAUAAAGUUAGAGCAAAAGCCAUUAAUCAUCUAAGUACUAAUCAACAUACAGAAAAACGUGAUGAUCACAAACGAGCAUCGAGUGAUACUUCAGUAAUAAGCAAUGGAAGGGAAGAAGCAUUAGAGUCAUUACUUGAACUUUGUGCAGAGUUACUUAAGCAUAAAAAGCUAGAGGAAUUAGCUGGUGUGCUAAAACCAUUUGGUGAAGAAGUUGUUUCUUCUAGAGAAACAGCAAUAUGGUUGACAAAAGGAUUAAUGAAUCUUCAAAAUCCAAAGUGA